AUGACGUUCCCAUUCUUGCGAGCGUUUGUCGCGCUAUUGUCAGUUCAAUUGCCAAUCUCCGCCUCCCAUAAGCCACGCCCAAAUUUUGGGGUUAUCGUUGUCAACAUCAAAGCAUCAGAGACUGACUUGUACACGCUUUCCUCCUCCAGUUGCUAUCGCUAUCUCCGCCUCGUGGUCAACCUGUUCUCUUUCUGGACUUUUAAGCCCAUUCCGCCCCCCGAGAAUCCCAAGCUUACUUCCCAGGAUGUGACGGUGAUCAUCCCCACCCUUGAAGGUUGCGGAGAGGAAUUGGUCGAGACGAUCCGAUCCGUGUUGGAAAACCAGCCGUAUGAAAUUCUUCUGGUCACCAUCGAGGCCAACCGCAAGCGAGCCGAAAAGAUGCUGAGCGCCAUGCCUGCCUCCGAGUCCCGCAUUCGCCUCUUCACCGUGACCCAUCCCAACAAGCGGCGCCAGAUGACUCGGGCCAUCCCCGAAGUUCGCACGGCCAUCACCCUGUUGGCCGACGACGAUGUGAGCUGGCCCGCUACCGUCUUGCCCUGGAUUCUGGCACCCUUUGAAAAGGAUGAGCGAUAUGGAGGUGUCGUCACCUGCCAGCGCCUGCGUCGCGCGGCCUCGCCCAGUGUCACCCAGCGCAUCUGGGGUUUCUUAGGCGCCUUGUAUCUCGAACGACGCAACUUUGACUGUGGGGCCACCACGAACAUAGACGGAGGCCUGCCGUGCAUGUCCGGCCGAACCGUGGCAUACCGGACCAAGAUCCUGCAGGACGAGGGCUUCACCUACGCUUUCACCAACGAAGAGUGGUGGUGGGGCAAGUAUCAGCUCAACGCGGACGAUGACAACUUCAUCACUCGCUGGAUGGUCUCGCACGGACAAUCCUAUUUUCCUGAAGCAAUGCGCGCGCUGGUCUCGCAGCAAUUGGCGCAGCAACCUGACGAGCAUGUUUCACGAAAAACACAUCUGGUACCAUGGAGUGCCUAUGCGGUUCACUUGACGACCUUGUCUCCUCCGGCGUUGCUCGGAGAUCUGCUGCUCGUUUGGCUGUGCCACAAGGGCACGGCAAGCUGGGGCGAGGUUUCGCACGAUCGCGCCAUGACUUUUCUCUACAUGUGGAUGUUUACGAGCAAGUGGAUCAAGUUGCUGGGUCACUAUAUCCGCUAUCCAGUGGAUGUAUUCCUUCUCCCGGUCUCGAUUCUCUUCGGUUAUUUCCACGGAGCCAUCAAGAUGUAUGCUGUGAUGACUUUGAAUGUGACCACUUGGGGCAGCCGUGAUGGCGCGGACGAUUAUGACGCCGAGCGGAUGAAGAAACGCACGGAUGCCGAUCGCACCAAACAGCCCUACUACCCCAGCUAUCUCACGAAAUGA